GUGAUAACUACGACCUGCGUUCCUUGGGGAAGACUAAAAUUAUACCGUCCCUACCCUAUUGAAAUUGACAUUUAAAAUGGUUAAAUUAAGGAUUAAGGUUAGGUAAGGUAAGGGUUAUGGUUAGGGGGAGGGACGUCCCACUGAUCCUCGAUAGCACUAACCAAAAUUAGACGCCGGUUUUUUCCCACAAUCCUUUUCACCAGUAAAGUGACCUCUGGUGUGCAAGAUUUCAGAGCAGGCUAACCAACCCAAACCAGCAGCAAAAUGGUCCCACCAGUGGCAGUGUCACCGCUUAUUAAGACAGCAAGGUACUCAGCGUUGAUAGCUGGUAUCGUCUUUGGCAAGAGGAGAUAUGAUGAACUAAAGCCCAUUGCUGCGGAGGAGAGAAGGAUUGAGGAGGAGGAGAAGAAGGUUCGGGAAGAACAAGAAAAAAUUGCCAAAGCUCUAGCUGAAGCCAGUGAAGAGUCCAUUUUGAAAUGAGCUGGCACUGGGAGAAGUUACUGUGAAGCUCUUCACUCUGCUCCUUUAUUUUUCCACUCUUAUUUUCCUGGAUAUACUUGGUACAAAACUCUCCAGCACAGUUAUUUUAUUGACAUGUGCACUCUAACCGAUGAACCCUCACUUGGUCUGGAGACCAAAUAUAGUAUUUUGUAGUUAUUCAAAUGGCAUGUAAAAUAAUGGCUUGCUAUUUGAAUUCAGAACUGUAAUAUCACAAAUGUAGUAUUGUAAGUAAAGUUAAAUGUUUGUACCCUUGUUACACACCCUCAUAACAAUGUCAUACAUGCUACAUGAUAAAUAAAUGGUAAAUAUUUAUUAUGUCUUUGAAUCUUCAUCCUUUCUCCAUUUUCCUUGCACUUGCUUAACUAACUUUUUUCGUCACACUUGCUUUGUUUUUAAGUCAUGGAUAUGCUAUUAUGGAAUUAUUAUUUUUUUACUGUAGUCUACGCUAUAUGAAGCAUCAUUCAUCAACCAUCAACUAAUAUUUAUUGUUCUUUCACAUUAGUGUACUUCCUAAUCUUCUAGACACUAUAAAACUGAAACUACAAAAAUUAUUAAAUUAUUACAUGAAAUAAGAUCCUACUGUUCGGUGUCAUGGCCAUGCACGUGAAUAGGAGGACUGUGGUCUGCUGUUAUGACUGGAGUGGAUCCAACACCUUCUUUCAGGUGAAGCAGACCCUUGACCUGGCACUAGCCAAAAGCCAAAGGUGCCAAGCCACAGUAAUUCAAGCUCAUCCCCAGGCUAAAUGUAAGCAGCAACAAUGACAGAAGUGGUUAAUAAUAGAAAAAGACAAAAGCUUUAUUUGUCAACUACAUAUAUUAACUAUAGCGCACCUUAUAAAUUAGUAAGAGAUGUGUUCCAAUGUAUGGCCUUCCUCACUGAAAUAAUUUUCAGAAAUGACAGGGUUGUGACACUUAUGCACCCAUUUCACCUGGCGUCAACCCUCUUGUAAUGCGCUUCAGCAGUCUCCUGCCCAAGAACGUUUUGUCUGGGAUUACAGAAUCAAACUGGUGCAACAGACCAUGUUACUUAACCCAGGGGCAGGAACAUAAAGUCCCACGUGGACUGUUAAUUUCAUAAAGCGUGUAUUCUUACAAUUGAAUAAUUUGUUGUUUACUCUUACUUCGGCUGCCUGAACUUGACAUUCAAUCCCUCUAUUUAUCCUUAUUCAAUGAAUAUAUUUUAUGUGAGUUCAAAGAAAGUGAUACCAACUGAUAAGAAAUACAUGUAAUUUAUUUCCAUUUAAUUUACUUUACAUGUAACUAAGGAACUAUCUAAUAACUUCAAUUUGCCAUGCCCAUGUGUAAACAGUACUUUGGCUUGGCUGAGGUGAGGUUAAGGUGAACUAAUUCCCUAGACGUGCUUUCUCUGUGUUUAGACUAAUAUACACCCCUGCUACAAUUACAUAAAGCCAUUUCAUUGUUUGUAUGGGAGAGUUCAACAGCUUACUGACAGGAUUUUGUUAACUGGAUUAGUAAUAGAUUAAGAUUUAACCUUCCAUUUAGGACCAAGAUGUGAAAAUAAUCAGUGAGCUCGUCUGUGCCUUGGGUAUAUAAGGAUCCUAGGCAGAAGAGAAACACAUACCUACAACUUCAUUGAAGCUUAACCUCUUGCUUUGUUCCUGAACAGAAAUGGACUUCCAUAUGCUGCCCCUUGUGGUGGUGCUCCUGGCGGGUCUGGAGCAGAGUUGGGCCGCCUCCUGUGUGGUGGACAGUUUCAAUGUCAAGGAGGACUUUGACCCCAAGAGAUAUGCAGGGAAGUGGUACGCUCUGCAGAAGAAGGACCCUGAGGGACUGUUCCUCCAGGACAACAUCUCAGCUGAGUACACCAUCGGUGACGACGGCUCUAUGGUCGCCUCCUCCAAGGGACGUGUCACACUUUUCGGAUUCUGGGUUGUGUGCGCUGACAUGGCUGCCCAGUACACUGUGCCGGACUCUGCCAACCCUGGAAAGAUGUUCAUGAACUACCAGGGCCUGGCCAGUUAUCUGUCCAGCGGAGGUGACAACUACUGGGUGAUCGACACCGACUAUGACAACUAUGCCAUCACCUAUGCCUGCCGUACCCUGAAGGACGAUGGAAGCUGUGAGGAUGGCUACUCCCUGAUCUUCUCCCGUAACCCUCGUGGCCUGCCACCAGCCAUCCAGAGGAGCAUUCGCGCCAAGCAGGAAGAGAUCUGCAUGGCUGGACAGUUUGAGCCCGUGCUGCAGUCUGGAGCUUGCUAAACGUCUACUCUGAAGGAACUUGUGCUGCCAAGGGAUCCCUACAACGUGCUGGCUUGGACAGAGAUAUUUACUGAUGACUGAAGAGGGAAAUCGCAUAAGAGAUUUCUUUUUUUAUAUAAAAAUGAUACUAUGCCCCCAUGUACACUAUUAGUCAAAAGUUUGGACACACCUACUCAUUCAAGGGUUUUUCUUUAUUUUUACAUCGUAGAAUAAUA